AUGAGGGGCCUUGGCCUUGGUCGCUGGGGAUACCAGGAGCAGAAGCAAAAUCGGCGUUUCCGGCUGAGACCUAAAACGUCAGGGCGGGACCUCCGAUUCGGGCCUUGGCUGGCGACGCCGCUCGGCCUGUCCCGCGGCGGGGCCGGGACCUUGAUCGCCGGCCCGGGCGUCCGCUCCGCCCAGAGUCCGACGGCGGCGGCCGCGCCCAGGGAGCCGCCUCAGACCCCGAAGGCCCGAGCUGCUCGCGUCCCUGCGGCCCAGGCCCCGGUGUCGGACGGGGAGGCGGCGGUGGGCGGGGGCCCCGUGUGCGAGCGCCGGCGUGCUGGCGAACCUCCGCCCAGAGCCACUUACCUGGACCUAUGGCUCAUAGAGAACUACGUUACCCCGAAGCCUACGCGCCGCAGUCCAAUGAAGGCCCGAGAGAGGGGCGUUUCCAGGAGUGCGAAAGGCGGCUGGGCGGGACUUCCGACCCGGGCCGCUCCGGGCCCCGCUGAGCACACCGAGUCCGAUGGCGGCGGCCGCGCCCAGGCACCCGGCUCAGGUAAACGCUCGUCCCCCGGGCCCUCCCCCAACUCAUACCCUAAAGGCUCGAGCCACGGCCGGGUGUCGGACGGGGAGGCGGCGGUGGGCGGGGGCCCCGUGUGCGAGCGCCGGCGUGCUGGCGUCUGUGUGAUCUCAGAGGAUGUGUUUGUGUCCUUCUCCCGGGAAGAAUGGAUGCUCCUUGAUGAUUCUCAGAGACUUUUAUAUCAGGAUGUGAUGCUGGAAAACUUUGCACUUUUAGCCUCACUGGGAAUUGUAUCCUCCAGAUCACACUCAGUCGCCCAACUGGAGCAAAAGGAAGAUCCCCAGAUGCCUGCCCAGGUGGAUAUGACCCCAGUCUCAGAAAGAGAGGCUCAGAAGGGACCUGGACUUGGUGGUUGGUGUGCAGUGGAGGAUGAGGCUACGUCCCCUGAGCAGAGUGUUUCUUUAGAAGGAGGGUCACAAGUCAGGACUCCAGUGGCAGGUCUGAAGCCCCAGCCAUGUGACAUAUCUGGCUCAAUAUUGAAAGAAAUCUUACACCUGACUGAAUACCAGGGGGGAGAAGCCAGGCUGGAACCACACACGGGUGGGGCCUGUUGGAAGCACUUCUGGCUCAGUGCAAACGUCCAUCAGCACCACACUGCAGAGAAAUCCUUCAGAAGAGAUGAGGGCAGGGACUCGGUGAACAGCUGCAGAUUCUAUGUGCCAGAGAAGACCUAUACACACAGUGAGGGUAGAAGGGACUUUACAGUCACCUCUGACCUUCAUCAGCACCAGGUCCCCCACAUUAGGAUGAAGCCCCACAAGAACACCAGGCUUGGGGGAGCCCUUCACCCUGGACAGCGGCAUCACAAGUGCAUCGAAUGUGGGAAAUUGUUCACCCGCAAAGACACACUUACUCGGCACCGGAGAAUCCACACUGGAGAAAGGCCUUAUGAGUGCAGCAAAUGUGGGAAAUUCUUUAGUCAAAGCUGUGACCUUUUUAAACAUGAGACCAUACACACUGGAGAAAGGCCUUAUGAGUGCAGUGAAUGUGGGAAAUUCUUUAGACAAAUCUCUGGCCUGAUUGAACACAGGCGAGUUCACACGGGUGAAAGACUCUAUCAGUGCAGUAAUUGUGGAAAAUUCUUUAGUAGUAAGUCUAACCUCAUUAGACACCAAGAAGUUCACACGGGAGCAAGGCCUUAUGUCUGUAGCACAUGUGGGAAAGAGUUCAGCCGCAAACACACACUUGUUCUGCACCAGAGGACUCACACUGGAGAAAGGCCUUAUGAGUGCAGUGAGUGUGGGAAGGCCUUUAGCCAAAGUUCCCACCUUAAUGUACACUGGAGAAUUCAUAGCAGUGAUUAUGAGUGCAGCCGAUGUGGGAAAGCCUUUAGCUGCAUCUCUAAACUCAUUCAGCACCAGAAAGUUCACUCUGGAGAAAAUCCUUACGAGUGCAGCAGAUGUGGGAAAGCCUUUACCCAAAGGCCAAAUCUUAUUCGGCACUGGAAGGUUCAUACUGGAGAACGGCCUUACGUGUGCAGCAAAUGUGGGAAAGAGUUUAACCGCAAACACACACUUGUUCUCCAUCAGAAGAUUCAUACUGGAGAAAAGCCUUAAUACCACAGCAGAUGUGGGGAAUCCUUUAGCCAAGGCCCCCAACUUAUUGUCCAUUUGAGAAUUCCUAGCAGUGAUUAUGAGUGCAGCAGACGGUGCCACGUGACCAAAGCUCGCAACUCCAGGGUGGAGGACCCCCUCCCGGAGACCGCCAGAGCUCUGGGAGCCACACCGCCCGGAAGAGCCCCGCUCCGAGCGCAGAGCGAGGAGCCAAUGAGGGAACAGCACACGGCGUUUCGAGGCGAGCGCACCCUCCGGGGGCGGGACUUCCGGUCUCGUCCCCCAGUAAGCCUUUCAGCCUCAGGUUGGCUCCGUUUAUCCCGUGAGGUUCCGGAGCGCGGGUCGGGGUCCGGGUGA